UGUUCGGAUAUUCGGUUAUCGGCGUGGAGGAAGGAAAGACACUCCCGCCACGGAAAUUUCUGUGGCUCUGUGCUUUGAGACUGAAUCUCAUCUACAGUGACAACAUCGAUCUUCUUCCACAGUUUCCACUUUCCACCACCAAAUCUACGUUAGGGUUCGUCUUCAUUUCAAAUUCAACAACUUCGCCAACCACGCCAUGGCAACUCUUCAAUCACUGCGACCUUCUUUCCGUCCAUCAAUCCCAUCCCCAAAUUCUCACACUUUCCCAGCCACUCCCUUUAAUUAUUCCCCCAAAUCGAUUGGCUCAAAGGGUGGCAGUGUUACCGUAAGACACUCUAUCGUUUCUCCCAGGGUUUCGGUUUCCAAUUCGGAGUAUAGUACCCAAAUUGCGGAAAAUCUCGGUGACGUUACUAUUUUCACUGCCACUGGCGAGCCAGUAAGGUUCAGUGAUCUCUGGGAUCAGAGCCAGGGUAUAGCUGUGGUGGCACUGUUGAGGCACUUUGGAUGCCCAUGCUGCUGGGAAUUGGCUUCAGCCUUGAAAGAAUCCAAAGCAAGGUUUGAUUCAGCUGGUGUCAAACUAAUUGCAGUGGGUAUUGGUACUCCCAAUAAAGCCCGUAUGCUUGCUGAACGAUUACCAUUUCCAUUGGAUUGCCUUUAUGCUGAUCCUGAUCGCAAGGCAUAUCAUGUUUUGAACCUAUACUAUGGUUUUGGCCGAACUUUCUUCAAUCCAUCCAGUAUCAAGGUGUUUUCGAGAUUUGAUGCUCUGCAGAAAGCUGUCAAGAACUAUACAAUUGAAGCCACUCCAGAUGAUAGAAGUGGUGUGUUGCAGCAGGGAGGGAUGUUUGUGUUCAGAGGAAAACAGCUACUCUAUGCGAGGAAAGAUGAAGGGACAGGUGAUCAUGCCCCCUUAGAUGAUGUUUUUGAUGUCUGCUGCAAAGCUCCAGUGGCCUAAUGUUGUACUUUAUAAAAUUUUCAAUUUGCAUAAGAUUAGGAAAUUUCAGUUUAGGAAGAUUUGUUUUAGUAUACCAGAUUUCUCUGAAUGAUAUCGGUGACAAAAUAUUGCAAGUUGUGGAUGAUAUGAUUAAAUAUCAUAAACAAAUAUUAUAAAGUUCAAUCUAUAAAUAUGUUUGUCUAAAAUAGUUUACUUUGAA